UCUGGUCUCACUGGUAGGAGGGUAGCAAUCGUUAUUUGGAUAGUCAAUUGAUAUUUUUCAAAGUUAUCAUAAUAUUUUUAUAGAAAAAAUAUUCCGUUAAGAAAAAUGAAGCAGUUAGUACUUAUUUGCGCUGUGAUCUCUGCAGCAAUGCUUGUAAACGGAUCACCCAGUGAACAGGAAUAUGAUGGCCUUCUGGCUAUAGAAUUUUCAGGAGAGAACAACAGUAGUAUCACCGAAGAGCAGAUAAAAUGCCUUCGGGCUGGUAAAAAGCAGGUCAUCGAAUCCCAUCCAAGUUUGAAACCAUGGUUUGAUGACAUUGCAAAGACAUCGAAAUUUUUGGCGAAAUACGUUGAUCGCUGCCGUGCAAUUCACAAUUCGUUCGUGAAAAAAAUAUGCUUCAAGACGCUUGGAUUUAUUACAUCAACACAGCGACGCCGAUUGUUCGGAAAGCUGAACGAAGAGCAAAAAACUGUUGUGCAGGAAAUCAAACAAGUCUAUGAAGAAUGCCUGAAACCAGAACCAACAACAACAACAGCAGCAACAACAACAACAACAGCAGCAACAACAACAACAACAGCAGAAACAACAACAACAACAGCAGCAACAACAACAACAACAGCAACACUAUCAGACACAUUUAUUGAAUUGAAGCCGUUUGAUUUUCCUCAAAGUGACAACCAAUGAAUAUUUUGCAUUUUGACAGCAGACGAACAGCAUCAUUGAAGCACAUCCAAAGCAUAGAAAUAUGAACAUGUCAUAAGUCUGUUAGAAACAAAUUGUAUUGUGAAAUACAUGUUGCCGUAAAAUUGAAAUCAAAUUAAAUGAAAACCAAAUACAUUUUUAAUAUUCGGAAAAUAA